AUGAAAAUCGCUUUGGAAGUCAAAAAUAAGUGGUGUCUCGUUGACGGAACUCUUCCGGCACCAAACAUAGACAAUAGCCGCUAUGGAGCGUGGAGGCGCUGCAAUUUGAUGGUGUGCUCGUGGAUAUUUAGGUCUGUUCAUGCCUCGAUCGCUCAAUCCAUCAUGCAUAUAGAGAGUGCAGCAGACAUUUGGGAGGAUCUGAGAAAGCGUUUCGCACAGUGCGACGCUCAGAGGAUUUCCGCCUUACAGAUGGAGAUUUACGAAGCUAAGCAACGUAAUCUCUCUGUUAGCAAUUACUAUACCAAAUGUAGAACUAUGUGGGAACAAAUGAAUGCUUUAAGACCUAUUCCUAGUUGUAAAUGUGAACCGAAAGGUGCUUGUGACCUCAUUGAUGUUAUUAGAAAGGAAAGGGAGAUCGAUCAAGUCAUACGGUUUCUCCAAGGAUUAAAUGACGAUUUUAAUGGUCUAAAAUCUAGUGUCCUUGUCAUGGAUCCAUUGCCGGAAGUAUACAAGGUAUAUGUGAUGGAAGAAAAGGUUGAGAGGCAGAUUAGUGCACCAAUUCUGAGUAGCAACAAUAUGGAGAUCACUCAGGCAAACAGUGUUCAGAAUGCUCAUAGAUCUACAGAGGAAAUGGUCGCUGCUAUGAACUCUUAUAAUGCUAAGAAGUAUGGAAGCAAUGCAGGCAAUAAACCUAAGUGUGUUUUUUGCGGAAUGACGGGGCACACCGUUGACAAGUGCUACAAGAAGCACGGCUAUCCCCCCGGGUGGAUUCCGGGAUACAAAACUAAGAUGAAGCAGCGGAAUGUUGCACCAGUGGUGAGUAAUUCAACAGACCUGGGAGUUUCCAGUGAUCAAUUUCAGAAACUGAUGAUAGCCUUGCAAAACCAAAUGGGGCAGCAGUCUACUAGUUCUAGUGUCACAGCUGCGGUAUCCUUGAUUCCAAAAUUCACUGAGGCUGAGGAAGGCAAGUAUUCUAUUUCUCAGAUUAAUUUUCUUUCAAUUUGUGCACCAACUUGGAUUUUAGAUUCCGGAGCCACGGAUCAUAUAGCCUGCUCUAUUGAAUUUUUUGAUGAGUAUCAUAAUGUUGAAGGGGAUGAGGUUAGCUUGCCGAAUGGGAGUAGAAUUACGGUUAGAAGCAGAGGCAGUGUGAGACUUGGACAUGGCCUAUUACUUAAGGAUGUUAUGCAUAUUCCAACAUUCCAUUUUAAUAUCAUCUCAGUAAGUAAGUUGUUCCAAGACAAAUCUUAUAGCCUAAUAUUCUCCUCUGAACAGUGUAUAAUUUAG